AUGAAUAGCGAAGUAACCAAUUACUCAGUUAUUGGACGUAUAGGCGAAGGAGCCCACGGUCUAGUUUUUAAAGCGCGACAUCUACCCACAGGUCGUGAAGUGGCUUUGAAAAAAAUUCUUAUCAAAAAUCUUGAGGAUGGCAUUCCCAUAAAUGUUAUGCGAGAAAUAAAAGCUUUGCAAUUGCUUCGGUGUAAAUAUGUAAUUAAGCUGUACGAUAUGUUUCCUCGUGGUAUGAGUUUAGUGUUAGUAUUGGAAUAUAUGAGUUCAGGACUUUGGGAAAUGCUGCAUCACAAUCAACAGGAACUCACUAUGCCAAGAGUCAAAAGUUACGCACAGAUGUUAUUAAAAGGAACGCGAUAUAUGCAUGCACAUUACGUCAUGCACAGGGACCUAAAACCUGCGAACUUACUAAUCAAUCACGAAGGAAUACUAAAAAUUGCAGACCUAGGCUUAGCACGGCUUUAUUGGCCUGAUGGAGGCAGGCCUUACUCCCACCAAGUGGCAACACGUUGGUAUCGAGCUCCAGAACUGCUAUAUGGCGCAAGAUAUUAUAGUGAAAAAGUGGACGUAUGGGCUGUUGGAUGCAUUAUUGCUGAAAUGAUUACGAAACAACCACUUUUCGCGGGUGAAUCUGAUAUUGAACAAUUGGCUAUAGUAUUACAACGCUUGGGCACACCAACUGAAGAGACCUGGCCUAAUCAUUCUGAACUUCCUGAUUACCAUAAAAUAACAUUUCCGGAAUCAUCGCCUUUGCCAUGGAGCGAACUUUUACCAGGAGUAGAUGAUGAUGCUAUACAUCUAAUAAAAUCUUUCAUUUUGUAUGAUGCUCAAAAGAGAAUAUCCGCGAAAGAGGCGUUAAAGCAUCCUUGGUUUCUAACGAGGCCUCUACCAGCGUCAUUAGAUGAAAUGCCAAAACCGAAUGUAAAUAAAUCAAAA